AUGAAGCCGUGGAAGGAGAAUGGAACUGCUAUCAGCAGUGAAGAGGUCAACUUUCUCGUCUAUCGCUAUCUUCAGGAGUCUGGCUUCGCCCACUCUGCCUUCACGUUCGCUUAUGAGAGCCAGAUAACCAAGUCUAGCGUCGCCGAAGCACAGGUGGCGCCGGGCAUGCUGAUCACCUUCUUGCAGAAAGGUCUUGCCUACGUCGGAAUCGAGGAGCACCUGAAUGAGGACGGGUCUGAGUCUCGGUGCGACGUGGACUUCUCGCUGCUGAAGGCGCACGUAUGCGGUGUUCGGCGCAACGCCGUGGAAGGCGGCGGCAGUGGCAGCGGCAAGAAAAAGAGGGGGGCGGACGACGACAACGAUAACGACAAUAACCGGCGGGGUGCCGGUGCUGGUGGCGAGGGUUUCCAUAGGGGAGGACGAGAAGGUGCCACCGGCGGCGGCGGCGGAGGGAGCGCCGCCGGCGACCGGUCCCACAACGACGACCACACGGGGAGGGAGACGAACGGGGGGGCCGACGCCAGCGGCAGGGUGGGGGGGCACGGGCACAAAGGCGCAGCCGCCGGAGCCGCCGCGGGCGGCGCCAACAUGGCGAACACCGGGGAAGCGAUGGAGGUGGACACGGGGGAAGAGCGAGGCUACGGGGAGGAGAACGGGGGCGCGGGGGCGGCGGCAGCGGGAGGGGUUGCGGCGGGAGCGGUUGCUGCGAAUGGCGAGGGCGCCAUGGGUAUCAGCAUUGGAGACGGGUUGAAAGGGGGCCCCGCGGGGUGCGACGAGAUUCCGGACGGGGACGUGGCGGUUCUCAACAACCACCACUCCGAGGUGUUCAUGUGUGCAUGGAAUCCCAAGUACGACCUCCUGGCGUCGGGGUCCGGAGACUCUACAGCGCGGAUUUGGCAAAUAUCUCCCAAGUUGCGAGGCUCAAAGGUGGCGGAGGAAGCCUCGCGGACGUCGAUGGUGCUCAAGCACUCUAAGGAGGUGGGGGAUAAGAACAAGGACGUCACAACGCUAGAGUGGAACAGAGAGGGCACCCUAUUGGCUACAGGAUCUUACGACGGCGUGGCGCGCAUCUGGUCUCAGGAUGGAGCGCUGCAGCACACUCUGGAGGCACACGAGGGGCCGAUUUUCUCUCUCAAGUGGAACGAUAAGGGGAAUUUCUUGCUGAGCGGCAGUUCGGACAAGUCGGCGAUCGUGUGGGACGUCGCCAGGGGAGACGUGCAGCAACAAUUCCGAUUCCACGAGGCCCCCACUUUGGAUGUGGACUGGAAGGACGACCUGACGUUCGCGACGUGCUCCACCGACAAGGCUAUCCACACCUGUGUCAUUGGGGAGGAGUACCCAAGACAGACCUUCACCGGGCACUGCGACGAGGUAAACGCGAUCAAGUGGGAUCCCAGCGGUACCUUCCUCGCCAGCUGCUCGGAUGACUAUACAGCCAAGAUCUGGAAAAUGGGCCAAACGUCGUGCGUCCACAACUUGGAGGAGCACGACAAGGAAAUCUACACGAUCAAGUGGAGCCCCAGGCCAGAGAAGAAGCUCCUGCUGGCAAGUGCUUCGUUCGAUGCCACGGUCAAGCUCUGGGAUGUGCACGCCGGCAAGGUGGUGUCCACCCUUCAGAGGCAUCAAGACCCCGUCUAUAGCGUGGCCUUCAGCCCAUCAGGCGACUACUUGGUGAGCGGAUCUUUCGCCGGACAUUUGUACAUCUGGAGUGUGAAGGACGGCACUCUCGUCAAGAGCUAUCAGGGGGAGGGCGACAUCUUCGAGGUUGCCUGGAAUUUCCGAGAGGAUCGAAUCGCUGCUUGUUUCUCUACAAGCACGGUGUGCGUGAUGGACUGGCGUAUGUAAGGCACCGACCCGGCAGAAAGCACAUCCGGACCCAGCAGUCUUGGGUCGUUUUCGGACGUGCCGGUGCCGUUGUUGGCGAUGCCUAGGCUGAGGGUGAUUCUUUCCUGUCGAGUCUUCGAUUCUAACCCAUGCACACGAGAAAGCGCUGCUCCUGUUCUCGGUUGUUGUUGAACGGUCCAUAGACGGGUAAACAUGUUGGGAUGACAUUUUAUCUUUGUCCCUUGACGGAGUUCAACGUUACCUUUUGGGGCUGAGCUAGCGGUUGUCGCGGCCGUGAUGCUUCGAGGAUAAGCCGUGCAAUGAUUAUUCGAGUGAGCUUCGCGUUACUCUGCUAAUGUAUGCAUUGCCUGCUGGUUGGCUGCCAUGCGGCAGCAACCCGGCGGAGAUGUGGUGGGUUGAUGUCCUUUUCGGCAUGAUGUAUCGUUGAGAGUUAUAUUUGGAAGCUGUCUGGGUUGGCUGUGCCCUGGGUGUUCAUUGAGACCCGCGGAGCUGGGUGUUUACAACCGGUGCGGCUAUGUUCCAAAAUGACUACACGGCCGUUUCUCUGCUGUGACCAUCCAUGGUUUUGGCUCCGCCGGAGGUUGUUGCUGUUGUGUUGUGUUGUUGUAUUGUGCUUUUCGUUCUCUUUCUUUUUCGGUUCAUUUGCACACACACCCCCUCCCCCCCCCCCUCCUGAUCUAUCGCGAAUUGUAGUUUUCAUUCGUUAUGUCCGGCGUAUGUUGAAAUUUUCGAGGAGGAUGGGAGUGAAGUUAACAAAACUGAAUUUAGCACUGUAUUCUUCUGUCCGUAAAACUAUGUGCUUGUUGCGUUGUUUUUCCCAUGUUGCUUUCAGUCUAGCUCGGUUCGAUAAUCUUGGUAAAAUAGCUUGUGGAUAACGUCUAGGGUAACGGAGCGAAAGGUCCGCACAGCAAGUAGGUUACGUGACUGAUCGAUACAAGCGUGGGCGGGGGUGCCGUGUUGGACCAGUCGACCAGACAUUGUUGUACCGUAUAUUUUUUUUUGUAGACAAUUGAUCACAAAAGUGGACGAGCGUGAUGUGAGCGAAGGGAGGAGCUCCGAGCGAAUUGAAUAUGCAUUCGAAAUUAUGAUG